AAAUAAUAUUAGCAGUCUGUAUUAAACCAGCGUGUACGUAGGUCCCGUGAUAAAUUAAGCAGAGAGAUAUUACAUUACAACUUGAAAGCAUAAUAUUAUUUUUGAGUUGAGAGAGAGAGAUUUUCCAGAGAGAUGAAGACUAUUGGAGUUAUGGAGGUGACGCUGUUGAAUGCUCGAGGUCUCAAAUGCACCGAGCUCUUUAGUGGGGGAAUUGAUCCCUAUGUUGUAUUACAAUACAGAACUCAGGAACGGAAGAGCAGUGUAGCCAGAGGGCAGGGAACUAAGCCAGUGUGGGACGAGAAGUUCAAUUUUAGGGUGGAGUAUCCGGGAGCAAAUGACCAAUACAAGCUCAUCCUUAAUGUGAUGGACAAGGAUACCUUCUCUGCUGAUGAUCAUCUCGGCCAGGCCACGAUAUACUUGAAAGACCUUUUGGCAUUAGGUGUAGAGAAUGGAAGUGCUCAACUACAUCCUCAAAAGUAUAGUGUUGUUGACAGCAACCAAAAUUAUAGCGGAGAGAUUCAAGUAGGAAUCACCUUCACUCCAAAGGUACAAGAGGGAGCUGGUGGAGAAGAAUAUGGAGGCUGGAGGCAAAGUGAGAUCUGAGUUCUUUACCAGCAAUUUAAAUUGAUGGAUUUAAGUGUGUAAAAUGUGUUGUUCAAUUGUAGAAAAAUUCUUUUGUUGUAAAUUCAACUUGUAUGGGGUAAUUGACUGAUUUGUUAGGAAAUUCAAGAAAACUAGACUUUAUUCCAAUAUAGAUUCUUUUUCUUAAA